AUGUCACCGUCAUUGAGCGUAAUUGCUUUAAUCUCCGGAGGCAAAGACUCGCUCUUCUCCAUUCUCCACUGCAAAGCCAACGGCCACAGCGUCGUAGCACUGGCCAAUUUGCACCCAGCGCCUUCGGCCAAUGACGAUGAGGACAUCAACAGUUACAUGUACCAGACCGUGGGGCAUUCGGUCAUCCCACUCUACGAAGAAGCGCUAGGAAUACCGCUCUAUCGACAAGAGAUCCUGGGCACCGCCGUAGACUCGAACAGAGACUAUGCGACGCCUUUGCAAAAGCAAGAGCAGGAUGAGACUGAAGACUUGGUUCCGCUGUUGAGAAGGGUCAUGGAAGCACAUCCGGAGGCAAACGCAGUGUCUACAGGGGCCAUCCUGAGCACGUAUCAACGGACGCGUGUGGAGAAUGUUGCGCUCAGGCUAGGGCUGACGCCACUGUCGUAUCUGUGGCAGUAUCCGCUGUUGCCACCGUAUACGCAAUCGUCGCUUUUGCAUGAUAUGAUGACUGUAGGACAAAAAGCAAUCAUCAUCAAGACGGCGUCUGGUGGUCUGGAUGAAGACUUUUUGGGCCUCGAUGUCGCUAAUCACAAGACUAUAGCAAGGCUAGCGAAGGCCAUGGGGCGCUAUGGUGAUGCUGGUGACGGCGCGAUACUGGGUGAAGGAGGGGAGUUUGAGACGCUGGCACUGGAUGGGCCGAGAUCGAUCUGGAAGAAGAAGAUAGUGAUCGAGGAGGGACCACCUGGGAAACUGGAGGGUGGCCAGGCGGUGCUGAAGAUCGAGCAGAGUACGCUAGAGGAAAAGGUUGACGAUAACGAAGAUGCUGGCACGUUGAGGGUACCUGAGCUCUUUGACGACGAGUUCAAGAGAGUGCUGGAAGUGACAAACGCCAGCAACCAAAAUGAGCUUUCUGCGUCCACUGAAAAAGAGGGCACUGUUCAGUCUUUUUGGUCGCCCUCUCGAGUGCAUCCCCCGUCCAUAGUAGACCGACUACCCAGGAAUACAUUCAGUAACGCCUCGACCGUCUUUACAUACUCCAACCUCUCGAGCGAUACCUCUCCCUCUUCCUCACCCGAUUCCCCUUCUCGCCAGCUCUCCAAGAUCUUCCUCCGUCUCGACCAUAUUCUGAAGCAAUGCCAUGUUUCCAGAUCCAGCGUCAACCACUGCACAUUGCUCCUCCGCGACAUGGCAGACUUUACAGUCCUUAAUCCAAUCUACGCUCAAUACUUCAGCGGCGUGAACCCGCCAGCCAGAGCUACGAUCGCAGUCGGGGACACCAUGCCAGAAGACAGACACGUCAUGCUAAGCGUAACCGCGGACAAGGACCAAAACGACCAAAACGGAAAGCUCCUUCACCCAGUGAACAGACAGGGCCUCCACGUCCAAGGCCAAAGCUACUGGGCACCCGCAAACAUCGGACCUUACAGCCAAGCCAUCUCCGCCCGCCUGCCCCCCAGCAACCAGCACCCCGAAAACGACACCCAAACCACCGGAGAAGUCGGCAAGGUUUCCGAGGCCAAGCUCUCCUUUCCCUCCAACACCUCUGGCGCAUCGGCCGCACAAAGCGAGUGA